AUACCAGUACACCACCAUUCGGCACUGGCCUUCUUCGGUUCCCAUGGCAUCGAGGCGACUCGCCAAAUCCCUGCCGUCCGUCUCCACUCUCAACUCUCUGCGCCGUAACACCGACCUCGAUCACAUCCCUAAACCUGUCGCCCGCUUCGAUCUCUCCGCCGUCUUCGACCCCUCCUCCCCCUCCGCCGUCUCCUCCGCCCCUCCUCUUCCCACGCUCUCCCUCUCCGCCGCCGCCCCCUCCCGCCUCAUUCGCUUCCUCGAGUCCCACCUCCCGCCCUCUUUCACCCCAGCAGACCUCCUCCGCCUCCUCAGCUGCCGCCUCCGCCACCACCCCGCCUUCGCCCCUUACGAUCUCCACGUCUUCCAAUGGGCCGCCGGCGUCGAUUCCUUCCGCCACGACCAUUCCACCUACGAGUGGAUGGCUCGCACCCUCGCCGUCACCGACCGCCUCGGCCCUCUCCGCCUCCUCCUCCACCGCAUGCUCGCCCAGCCUUGCCCCUGCGCCGACGGCAUCUUCGCCUGCCCUCGCAUCGAACCGAUCAUCGGCUUCGCCAUUCACGCGUUCUGCCGCGCGGGACGCCUUGAUGAUGCUAUCUCCGCCUUCGAGGACUCCCGGAGGUCCGUCGACGGCCGUCCCGGUGUGGCUCUUUACAACACCCUCAUCAACGGGUUCGCUCGGCGAAGGGAAUAUCAGAAAGCCAAGAGCUUGUAUGACAGAAUGGUCAAGGAUCGCGUGAAACCCGACACUUUCACCUUCAACAUCUUGAUCAGCAGCUGCCUCCGGUGCUCGGACCUCAAUUCGGCGCUGGAUUGGUUCCGAGAGAUGAGGGCAAGGGGAUGUGAGCCAAACGUCGUCAGUUUUAACACUCUCAUCAGAGGCUUCUUCAAGGAGAAGAAAUUUAAGGAGGGAAUUGGAGUUGCCAGGGAGAUGCUUGAACUGGGCUAUGGGUUCUCAGUUGCUAGUUGCGAUAUUCUAAUGGACGGUCUCUGUAAAGAUGGCAAGAGUCUGGAAGCAAGCAAACUGUUGGAGGAGUUCUUGCAGAAAGGAGCUUUACCGAACGGGUUCGAUUGCUUUGUUUUGGUGGAGGCAUUUUGUAAAGAUGGUGGUAGUGCAGGGAGAGCCUUGGAAGUAGUUGAUUCACUCUGGGGGAAGGGCAAUUUUUGCAGCGAGGUGACUUGCUCUACCUUGAUCGAGGGACUCAGAAGUUCAGGUAAGAUAAAUGAUGCAUGUGGCUUAUUGGAGAGAAUGCUGCAGAAGGAAAUGCUUCCUGAUACCAUCACCUUCAACACUCUUUUGGAAACACUUUGCGAUAUCGGAAGGACAUCCGAUGCCAACAGAUUGAGAGUGAUAGCAUCCAAAAAGGGUUUUAAACCUGACACUGUGACUUUUGGCAUACUGGCUCAUGGAUUCUCUAGAGAAGGGAGAAAAACUGAGGGGGAAUCUAUCAUCAAUGAAAUGCUCGAUGCCGGAUUUAUACCAAAUAUUGCUACUUAUAACACAUUGAUGGAUAGACUGCCUACUAGAAAGAAUCCUUCAAGUCGCCAAAUUGUAAAGGCCAGGAUUAACAAGUCAAUGGAGUCUGAUGUGGCGAUAAUCUGCUGAAGCUUACUCUCAUGAUGUGGAUGGACUUGCAUGUAUCAACACCUAUCAGAAGGUACUGGGAGUCAUUCCAACGAUGGCCCCUCCGAAGUAAGCCUUCCUGACAAAAAAACUUAAGUGAAAAUGAAAUGAGAGAACUAAAAGAGAGGAAAAUGGAAGAGAGCCUUUACCUUGAUGAAUACAUACUUAUAUGUGGAGAUAGGUGGGAGACUAUACUUAAAUAAAGCUUGUGAUGAGGGUAGAUGGGAAGUCACGUCUAAGUAGUACAUGUACUUGCAAUGAGUCAUACCUGAGUAUGACAUAGGAUGACAUGGGGAUCAUGUUUAAGUAUGGUUAUGAGUAGACGCUCAAGAAAGGUUACAUGGGCAAUCUUCAAGAACUCGAGAAGACUUAGCUCGAAUUGGCUUGGAAGAUCGAAGUGACUUGCCAACUCGGAGAUGUUCGGAGGGGCAAUUGUCAAGAGCUCAAGCUAUUGUCUUAUGUACAAAGAGCUCAAGCUAUUGUCUUAUGUACAAAGUACGAGGUGCUCGACUACUAGUUUAUAAGAGCCUCGACUACUAGAUUAUAAGAACGGCUCAUAAGGUUGAGUCACUCUGAGCUUCCAAGCAUCUUCGAGUUGCCAAGUCAUUUGAGCUUCUGAGUUGGUCCGAGCUGAUGAGUCUUCUUGAGCUUGUGACAAUUGUUCGUGUAACUUUUCCUAGAUGUGGUCCCCCAUGUGUUUGCUUGUCCCUAUGUCAUCCUAAGACCAUCUCCAACCAUAAAACUCAUUUUGGUGCAUUUUCAACACCAAUUUGGUGUCAUUUGAGCACCAAAUAUUUUUCCAACUCCAACUAAUACACCAUUUCCUACCCUAAAAGGAAUAUUCCUUAGAAUAUUCUAUUUUCCCAUCUUAUAAUUUAUUAUUCAACAUACAUAUUAAUUUGUUAAAU